UCUCUAUCAGAGGGUCUGAGGUCCAAUGUGGGAGAAGCACAAAUGUCAGUGAGAACGUCUGACUCCCAACACGCGUGUCCCAGUCUGGGGAUUUCCACUAUCACUGGCUUGUGGUUUGCAGUAUAUUCAGGAUCUUCAUAAAGAAGGACAGACUGUGAUCAGCUCCUAUGCAGAUGAGAUCUUCCUCUAGACGUCUGCAGCAGAUGCUGGGACAGAGUCAGGAGUGACACUUUGUACUCGAUCUGAGUUACCUGGAGUUGCAGCAUCUCCUUUCUCACCCCCUGCUCCUCCCUCCAACAUGAGGAGAUGAUUAUUUGCUGUAAACCAAGAAACAUAAAUGUUUUCUUUUCCUUGUUGAUGAUUCUUGCUGAACUUGGCUCCAACUGUAAUUUUGAAUACGACCCGAUAUCAUCCCCUGAUAACUAUAAGGAAAAGAUAAACGAUUUGAGAAAAUACCUGAUUUCGGAUUAUCCAGUAGAAGACUCUUCCAAUUCACUCUUGGACAGCAGGUGCUCCCCGCUCUGGGAAUUAUUUUACAUCUACACCGAACUCAGAGCGAUAGAAAAAAAAUCUGGAAGCGUGCUCGCCGAGAAGAUACGCCUUGUGCUAAAUGAGUUUAAGUUUGUGGAGGAGUGCUCAUUUAACAAAUCAGAUAUCCCCGCUCCCCAGUAUAAGCCAAUCACCUUCAUCCUAGACAGAACAAUCCAUUUGUUAGAUCAGUUGAAGUUGAAACGUAAAAUUGUAAACGACUAUUCCAACUGCACUUUAAUCCAGUACAGGCCUGAUGAUUCCCCGAAGACAGCGCUAAAUGAAGCUGAUAAAUUCAUUGAACAGCCAAGUCACAGAGUACGUUAUGGGAUUAUUGGCGUCAUUACUGUCUUCAUCAUCAGCCUAAUCGUGAGCCUCAGCUGUUGUCGAAAAUUAACAAAUGAAGCCACUGGGUAAUGACUACAGAAGAAAUGACAGAACUAUCCAGGACCAAUACUAUGAUAAAGUGUUUUUCUUGAAGACGCCUUGUUCAUAGACUCCUAUCAUCUGUUCUAUAACAUAACUGGAGCUUCAUGAGUUUCCUACCAAACACGCCGCCCUUGAGCCGUAACUGUGCUUACUAUCGCAUGUCACGCGUGCUACUUCUUACAUGUAUGGCUGGCCAAGAAUUCACCAAAACAAAUCACACUCGGAGGCAGAAGACUGACAUAAUGUACUUUGAAACAACAUCCAGUGUAGACGGAAAAUCCUAACAUGCGCUAGAUAUGAGGAAAUGAACUUAAGACUUCUAGGAGAAGUGGGAACCUCCCACAAUGGGAACCCAUUACAGAACUUGAAGAUUAAACCCAGUGACUUGGAAAACACAUUUAAAAAUGUCAAAUCUAAAAUUAUAAUUUAAGAAACACCCAGAAAAUGAUUGAGGUGCGUUCAGAUGGUUCUACAGUCUCUGAGUUGUUUGUAUAAAGCUACUUUCUCUGGCUUUAGAGUUCCAGUCAUUGAGACUACUCAAGCAACUUGCUUAUAUGUGUUGGUCUUUCACGAAUAUGAACAAAACACACAAACAGCCAGUUAUGCUAUUAUUCUGGCCCAUGGUUUCUCGCUGUAAGAUAUCAUACCUUGCUCCCCGCGUGUAAAGCGGAAAAAGACUGCGACGCCUUUAUACUGUAGCUCUUCAUACAGUAAAUGAUUCCGCACCCAUGAACUCAUGCCAAAUGUGAAAUGGAUUUUAUCGGUUUGCUUGUAUAUUUAAUACCAGUGUUAUUUUCUUCUUCUUCAAUUAUGGGGGAAAUUCAGGACAAAAUUUGCACAUUUUAUUUUCAUUGCUUCAGAAAACUAAAAGCAUUUAGCAUUUUUAUUGUUAUUAUUAAUGAUAUCUUAUGUCAUCACUAUCACCGUAUUUUGUAGAGCCAGUGAAUGUGUCUUUAUGUCGUCUACCAAUGUUCUAUUCUAGCUAGUAAUUAUUAAACUCCUUUACUUGUGCUCACUUCAUGAGUUUUCCCUAUAUUUUAGCUAAUUAAAGAAAAAGACGUUGAAACUGCAACCUAGGAAAAUAUGUUCAGCAAUUACAGAAAUAUAGACCAGAAAUUGGCAUGGAACAGAGAUAAUCAAAGUUUAUAUGCAAUUAAAAUGUAAUAAAAAGAUUUUAUACAAAUCACACGCCUAUGACCAGCCAAGAUAAGACUUCACUGCGGCAAAUAACACAGUUAAAAGUCAAAGCACUUGCUAGAGAGAAUAUAGGAAGAUAAAACAAAAAAAGGAACUGCGGAAAGUUUAAAGUCUGGUAGUAUAAAUUCAAUCAAAAGUUUACCUAUAAUUUAAUACUGAUGUAUCCAGAUUAGAACAUUUUAUCCAAAUGCUGUCAGUUAAGACAUCAAAGGCAAACAAUAUUCCUGGGGCAAUAGAUCAUGGCUGUAUCCUUCAGCUGCCGACUUAACUUAUAAUGUAACCCACAGAUAGUGUCAUGUGUGGGAAGGACUGGUAGAUGCUUCCACUGUAUUAAACAAUAGGAGAAGUCCCAGAGUCUGUGCAGUUGAUAACGAGAUUCAGUAAUAGACUUGGUAGGACAAAUUGGAAGUCUCUCAGCAAACAGACACACUAACUGAAGCGUUUCUUUACUGUGACCAGUGAUUUCAUCAGAUGCAAGUAUACUUAUACAUAUUCUGUUAUGCUGAAGAUUAUUUAUCACAGGGGGAACAGGAAGCCCCUCACAGCUCACAGCCCAAGGGGGUCACGUGCUGUCCUACUAAUCAGAUCAGAUGGAAUGCACUGUUCAUUAAAGGCCAUGUUACUAAUCCACCAUAAAUUGAACUUUUGUUUGAGCUGCAUUGACUCUCUUGAUCUUAUAAUACUUCACAAACAACAUACAACCCCUUAUCUACUUCAUCUAACAUACAACCCCUAUUAGGUCCAAAGGCACUUUAUUUAUUUAACCCAUUAGAUCCGUACUGCCUUUGACAAGACAUAUUAACAUACCAUUUUAAGAUGCCAACUAUCCUAUUUUAAGGUGCGUCCCAGCAUUUUGAAGUGCCAAAAUGGGAUGAAAUAAGUCUCAAAAUCUGAUCCAACCUGAAAUGUGCACUUUAAAGGGUUCAAUAAAUUAACCAUUAAAACUGAAUAGGAAUAAUAUAUAACAAUGCUCAUUCUUUCUUACCCUAUAUAUCUCAACCCCCACUUACCGUCAUAUUUAUGACCAUAUUAAUUAAAUAUAUUGUGAUUAUCUUUAUAAUGGAAGGUUUGCCAUAGUUACACAUUAGAUCUACUGUGUUGCAAGGUAACUGUAUAAGAGGGAGCAGUAUUUGUGUGUGUGUGUGUGUGUGUGUGUGUGUGUGUGUGUGUGUGUGUGUGUGAUAGAUUUCAUUUUCAAUGUUCAUUCUAACUACUCUCUUGCACGUGUGUUAAAAUAAUAUAUACGUCAAGGAGGGAAUUCAAUUAAAGGAGAAAAACCAUUGGGAGUGAAAAACUGAAGUUUUUCGCUAUUUUGCCCGAUAUUUCUGCUGUAUUUUUUGGGGGAGCCAAUCCAGUUUGGCUGCUCAUAAAAAAAUAAAUUUUCUGCCGAAAACAUACAGGUUCAGUGAAACAGACCUGUUUUCGUCUGAAAACGGGCCUGUUUUGGGGCAUUUAUUUCUCCUGCCCCAUAGGCUGUGGGUAACUAAAUCCCCCCCUAAGUCUGUACUAUUUUUCAAAGUUGACAAGGAAGAUUGUGACACUUCAUAUGGAAGUUUAUAUUUAAAGGAAAACUUCCUUACAUGUAGCCCACACGCUGAGGUCACCUGGCAGCUAUCCAUUGGGCUUGGUAAUUACAGUGACCUGCUUUCCCAUGGUCCUCCAGGACUGACUGAACCUGACUAUGAAUGUAACUUGCGGCAGAUGGCGGUUAUAGAUGCUGCAGAGAGUAAGAUCUGUCUCAGCAACCUCAACCUGGAGCAUAAAGUGCAAUAACAUGAAAACCACCUGCAGCGUGUAAUCAAUGUUUAAUGCAUUGGAAUAGUCAUAAUAGUCUGAUUAAGUCCUAGUUGCCUACAUUUAAAUGUUAUUCUUCAACAUAUCAGAGCACAAGAUGCAAUCGAGAUGCGUUCCGCUGCAUAGCAUAUGCCACUCUUGUAUGCUACAAAUGACAUUAUCACUGUUUCCAAUUGUAAAGCGCAAUGGAAUUUGCUGCGCUAUAUAAGAAACUGUUAAUAAAUAAUAAUAAAAUAAUAAUAGUUUCUGCUGAUGUUAACACAUACUUGCCUACUUUUGAAAAGCAGGGAGAUAGUGAAAGUAACACCUAUAACCGCAGACGUGUCCUGCUACAUCUGAGAGACGCGUAAUAACAGCGACUGACCUCCAAAUGUACACUUGCUGCAGCGGCCGCCGGUGACUGACAUCACAACUGGGCGCGGCACGUGUUGUGGCGUCAGACACAAUACAUUGGGCAGACGAUGGGUAAGUGUGUAAAACCAAUGGUCAGAUGGGUCGGCAGUCCGUCAUCCUAGUGUGUAUCCAGCUUAACAUUUACAUCAGCUUUCAUUGUAUGUUCGUUUUUUAAAUGACCAUGCAAUACCUGUAAUGGUGUAUGCUAAGAGUUGUAAACAAAUAAAUAAUAUAUUUUAUUACAUUUGCCUCAAUUAAUGCCCUGUGUCACAUAACAAUUGACAUUAAACACAAGUGCUUACUCACCAAUUACUAUGAACCUGUCUCUUUUCUCUACUUCGCUCUCAGUAUUUUUGGGAUUGUAGUGAAAUAAUGUCGGACAAAUAUCUAUGCGUCCUAUAUUCCUUUACUAGUUAGCGCAGAUUCCCUUUACUUGUUCAGCGAGGAAGGAGAAUUUUCCAAUAAAAGUGUAACUAAUUUCCAAUGAAGAUGCCAAUUCUAGCACACGGCAAAGGGUCUGUGCUAUUAUUUAGAAGGUUUUGGUUGUUUUGUUUUACCAUUCAGUCAUUUGAAUUAAUUGCAAAAAAACACCAAAACUCUGUGCCAUGGGAGCUGAUGCUUAAGCAGGGCGCACACCUAAAUGUAUAUCUGUCCUAUCUGUCUGGUGUAAACAAAAAUCUGGCAAUGUGUGGGAGCAAAUAACAAUCAACCAUUUUCUCUCAAGAGCUGGAAAACGGACAAAAACGAUUGUUCAGAUACUUUGUCUGAAUGACCAGUGUCUGUUUUCCAGUGUUGGUUGUCAUGGGUGUUGUAUAGAAGAUCCACACUGUCUAGAUAGUCAUUAGGUCAACUCCAUAUGGUCGACAGAGUCAAAAGGUCAACAGGUAAAAAGGUCGACACAAGUUUAUUUAAGUUUUCUGGGUGUCAUUUUGCAUAACGAACAAAAAAGGGUAUGGCACUGCGCUAACAGACUUGCUUUACUAUGAAUGCUGCUCAGGGAAGGAAUGCGGAAUCACUACCUAAUUCCGCUGUUAGGAUUGGAGUGUAAAUAGCUCAGUCUUAAUAAGUGUUGCAACGUCAGAAG